CUAAUUAUUAGUAACACUUAUUUCACCAAGAAGGCAUAUAUCUACAAUUGCGGCAUGCGAACUUGAAUUUCACAUCAUAUUCUGUAGAAGCUUUGUUAAGCCAUGGCUCUACCUCUCUACAACCUUGCUCCCGAUCUCCAAGUCUCCCGGCUUUGCCUGGGUACCAUGACUUUUGGAGAACAGAGCUCACUCCCGCAUUCUCACCGCCUCCUCGACGAGGCUUUCGAGGCCGGCAUCAACUUCUUCGACAGCGCCGAGAUGUAUCCGGUGCCUCAGCGGAGAGAAACUCAAGGAAGGAGCGAGGAGUACCUUGGACUUUGGGUGAGGCAGCGGAGAAUUCCGCGAAAUCGCGUAGUCUUGGCCACUAAGGUUGCCGGGCCUUCUGGUCAGAUGACUUGGAUUCGAGAGGGGCCCAAGUCUUUGGAUGCUGGCAACAUUUUAACAGCCAUUGACGGCAGCCUGUCGAGGAUGCAGACCGACUACAUUGAUCUAUAUCAGAUACAUUGGCCUGACCGUUAUGUUCCCAUGUUUGGUGAAACUGAAUAUUGUCCAAGCUAUCAAUACAGCUCUGUUCCUAUAGAGGAACAACUUGAUGCUCUUGGCAAAGCUAUUUCUGCUGGUAAGAUAAGAUACAUUGGUUUAAGCAAUGAAACUGCUUACGGGGUAAUGAAGUUUCUUCAAAUUGCUAAAGGUGGUAACUUGGACCAUAAGAUAGUGUCGCUUCAGAACUCCUACAACUUAGUUUGUCGAAAUUUUGACUCUGGAUUAGCUGAGUGCUGCCAUCAUGAAAGGAUUAGCAUGUUGGCUUACAGCCCAAUGGCCAUGGGAAUACUAUCCGGAAAAUAUUUUUCUACUGAUGCUGGCCCAAAUGAUGCAAGAUUCAAUAUCUACAAAGGAAAGUACUCUGAAGGUGAAUCUAGAUACAAUCUUUCAAAUCCUAUUUUGAAAGCUGCUGUUCAUGAAUACAUUGUCAUUGCCAAAAAGUUUGGCAUUUCUCCUACAUGUCUUGCAGUUGCAGUCCUCACUCCAGUGAACCCUCGAUGCUAUCUUUUUUCAUGCAGAAGUGGAAUUUCAGACUUGAUGAUCAAGUUGCCUGCUAUAUGGAAAUGAAGUCGAAUCAAAUCACUUGGUUUAAGACUUGUUGAACCGGCUCGUUGUCUCUUCAAUCCUCGAACAAAGCGGUUAACCGCUCGAUUUCUAGAGAAAGUUUGAGUUCUUCCAUUUAUUUCCUGCAAUUACUUUGGUAUCAUCUCCUCUGUCCCAUCUGGAAACAAUUUGGCUUAUUGGAUUGCUCGGACCAGACGACGUGAUCACUCAUCAUUGAGAUUCAUUGAUUAAGUCUCGUUGAAUAUUGGGUGUGAGAAUCUUGGCACAACAAAAUCAAAGAAUGUCCAUAUAUUGAAUCAAGUGGUGGACGUCUACUUGAUAAAGGUGUAGCCUACUACAUACAGUUGGCCUCUCGGUGUAGAUGGUAGAGUAUGCUUAGUCAAUUAGUUUUGGCUUGACGUAGCCGACUGAUAAUGUUAUAGGUGAUCAGUCAACCCGCAUGAUAAGGGCUGUUUCCCCGCUUUUGUGCUGGGUCAUCCUCUUAUCAGCUGUGCGGUGUUCGGAGCAAC